AUGGAACACGACAUUGUCAUUGAAAAAUUUCUACCAACCGAAAACAGAAACCAAGAAAUUGUUUUGUACAAAAAACGAUGGUUAAUACUUACUUUAUACAUUUUAUAUGCCGCAAUUAAUGCUUUCCAAUGGUUUGAAUACUCAAUAAUUGCAAAUGUUUUAAUGAAAUUUUACAAUGUUAGUGCCGUUUCCGUUGAUUGGACUUCAAUAAUUUACAUGGCAUUGUAUAUGCCAAUGGUUAUACCAGUAUCAUAUCUCAUGGAGAAAUUGGAUUUACGCCAAAUUGCAGCAAUUGGUGUUUUGGGAACCGCAUUAGGCACAAUUGUUAAAGUCUAUUCACUUUCACCAGAUCAAAUGUGGGUGACAUAUCUGGGCCAAACAAUUCUUUCUUCCAUGCAAGUUUUUAUUCUACCUCUACCACCUCGCAUAGCUUCGGUUUGGUUUGGUUCGAAAGAAGUAUCUUUAGCAUGUGCAUUGGGUGUGUUUGGGACACAGUUAGGUCAAGCGAUUGGAUUUGUUGUUCCUCCGAUUGUUGUACGAUACAGUGAAGAUGUGGAGACGAUUGGGCGUGAUUUGGGUGUUCUAGUCAAAGGAUUAGCUUGGCUUACCUUAGUUGUUACUGUUGCUGUUUUAACAUAUUUUUCCGCUCAUCCCACCACUCCACCAAAUGAUAUAAACAACGAAAGAACCCAUUUUUUUAAAUCCUUGAAAAAUUUAUUUAGGAAUAGGAGUUUUAAUUUUCAUACUGUCGCAUAUGGGAUUAAUAUUGCUGUGUUUACUUCAAUUUCAACGCUACUGAAUCAGUUUUUUUUGUUUCACUUUCCAAAAUCGGAAGAAGAUGCUGGAAGAGUUGGUUUAAUAAUGGUAAUUUUGGGCAUGAUGGGAGCUAUAGCUUUCGGUUAUAUUUUAGACAAGACACACCGAUACAAAGAAAUAACGUUGUGCAUGUAUAUUGCAUCCUUUUUAUCAGUUAUUGCUUUUAUGUUUUCCCUCGAAUCGGGUUCAAAAAUUUUGGUCUACAUUUCCGGAGCUUUAGUAGGCUUAUUCAUAAAUGCAUAUAUGCCAGUUGGACUAGAAUUAGCAAUAGAGCUGACUUAUCCAGAACCUGAAAGCACAAGUUCCGGAAUUUUGAUCUCCAUGACCCAGACAUUGGGUGUUUUAUUUACUUUAAUGUUAGGUUCUCUAUUUUCAAAUUUUGGCAGUUUUUGGGCAUUGGCCACAAUGGCUUGUUGCCUUUUCGUUGGAUCUGUACUUACUGCAUUUAUAACGAAUGUAAAGAAACGGCAAAAUGCAUUGAAACGAUAAUAAUAAUAAUUAAUAAAACGGUACUAAUUAAGAAAAGUGUUUUAUUAAACG